CAUAUGUGCAGAUGAACAUCCUAUAAUGAGCUAGGUGCAGUUGGAUUAUUUAGCAUCACCAUGGAAAAGAGAAAAUGGUUGUGGAAGAGAAGGUCUUCUGAGAGGAGCCCAGGUGAAACAGAAAGUUCUGGGUCAGUGUCUUCACAUUCCGAGAGGUACUCUGAUGAUCAGGAAGCCUUUAAAGCCUCUCCUACGAGCAGCCAGUCAGCUGAAGUUACUUCACACCUUGUAGCCUCAGUUGAAGAUGUAAAUGAUAAUGUCAGACAUCUAACGGAGAAGCUUUCAGCUGCUCUGGCGAAUGUUAGUGCCAAAGAUGACUUGGUAAAUCAGCAUGCUAAAGUUGCAGAAGAAGCUGUUGCAGGAUGGGAGAAGGCGGAAAAUGAAUUGGUGGAUGUAAAGAAACAACUUGAGGAUGCGACUCAGAAAAACUCGGCACUGGAGGAUCAUGUGAGCCAUCUUGACGGGGCCUUAAAGGAGUGUGUUAGGCAGCUACGACAAGCAAGAGAGGAGCAGGAGCAUAAGAACUAUGAAGCCAUGACAAGGAAAACCCUUGAAUGGGAAUCCACUAAAUCUGAACUUGAAAACCAGCUUCUGGACCUCCAGAGUAAAGUUGGAGCUCUUAAUUCUGAUUCUCCUGCUCAUGUUGAUCCUGAAAUUUCCGAGAAGCUUGAAUAUUUGAAGAGAGAGAACUCGGCCCUCAAGCUUGAGCUCCUCUCUCAGUCUGAGGAGUUAGAAAUCAGAACUAUCGAAAGGGACUUGAGCACCAAAGCAGCUGAAACGGCCAGCAAGCAAAAUUUAGAGAGCGUAAAGAAAGUGGUCAAGCUUGAGGCUGAGUGCAGGAGGUUAAAAGCCACGACUUGCAGGUCGUCCCCAGUUAAUAACCAUAAAUCCACUGCUGCCUCCUCAAUGUGUGUCGAAUCUCUGACUGAUAGCCAGUCAGACAGUGGAGAUCAUAUCACAGUGGAGAUUGACACCAACAAAAUGUGCAGCUCAGAGCUGUGCAAGUCAGAACCAAUUCACUUCGACUCUUUGGCGUCUACCUUAAUUGCUGAACUUGAUCAAUUUAAGAAUGAAAAGGCUAUAAACAGAAAUGCUUCCAUAGAAAUUGAUCUCAUGGACGAUUUUCUUGAAAUGGAGCGACUAGCAGCAUUGCCUGAGAUUGAAAGAAGUCAUUCUAAAGAAGCUGUUUCCAAGCAAUCAUCUGAUUCAGAAAAAUCAUUGAGAGCUGAUCUUGAAGCUAUGGUAUGUAAAACAACUGACCUAGAGCAGAAGUUAGUGAAGGCGCAAGCUGAGAAAACUGAAAUGGAAGAGAGAUUAGAGAACAUGGAAGUAGAGAAAUAUGAAUUGGAAGGGAAUCUAAAGGAGAUGGAAGCAGAGAAAGCAGAAAUGGAGUUGGCUCUAUACGAUAAAACUGAGCAUAUCGAGGCAUCGCAACUGAGGCUGAAGGACACUGACAUGAAGUUAGGGGAGCUGCAGAGAGAAGUACGCGAGGCAAAGCAACUUAUGGAGUCUCAACUGAUUAACGUGGAAGUGGAGACUCGAACCAUGUCAGCAAAGAUUGAUGCACUAGAAUCAGAAGUAGAAAAGGAGAAGGCUUCAUCAAUGGAAAUUGCAGUGAAGUAUAGGCAAUUGGAGGACGAGCUAUCAAGAAAGAAACUUGAGGUCGAGCUACAGCAGACCGCAAGUGCAAAUGGCCAAAUGAAAAUAAAUCAGGAGGACCUAGAUGUAGCUGCUGGCAAACUAGCUGAUUGCCAGAAAACGAUAGCAUCACUGGGGAAUCAACUCAAGUCUUUAGCAACAUUGGAAGACUUCUUACUUGACACAAGUAUACCCACAUUGCCUACAGGAGACUUCCCAAUCCCCAGGACGAGCGAUCGAUGGAAGUUACACUCCAACGAAACAUAUUCACCUAAAGCGGCUUCUGUUUCCUCCAGGAUCACCAUUGAUAGUUCUGGACCUUCACCUAAUAAAAUUGAGAGGAACGCACCACAGUCUUCAUCUUCAUCAUCUGUGUCCAUGAAUCAUGUUAGUUCUGAGAAGAAUCGGAAUGGUUUUGCUAAAUUUUUCUCGAGGAGUAAAAAUGGGAUACAACUUGAGUUGUAGAAAUAAGAGAGGAAGAGCAAUUAAAUUACACGGUUCUUUGUAGUUGUAAAAAUAGGGAA